GCAUUCUAACAUUGACAUGAAAACACAAGAGGCCUAUGAGCUGGCUGUCAAAGGGUUGAUACGCCCCAUGGGAAAAAGCCCUCCAAUAAUCACAGCCAUCCGAUGCCUCCAGUUCAUGCUUCCAGAAUUCCAGCUAGAAAUCCAUUGCUUGCACGAGACUCAGCAGUACCUCCGAAAAAUAGUUCAUGAGAUCGGUCUGGAGCUGAAAUCAUCCGCCGUGUGCACACAAGUGCGAAGAAUACGCGAUGGUGUUUUCACACUGGAUGAUGCUCUCCUGAGAACCCAGUGGGACCUGCGCAGUAUACAGAAUGCAAUUUGGAACUGUCAGCUUAAAGUGAAAACAGAGUUGGAGAAAACACUAGGCCAUCAGGAUGAAAACUUCAACAAGAUGGAUGCUGAGAUGGCCCAGGCAGCAGACAGCUGA